ACUAGUCUUUUAGCGAUGGUGCAACAGACGAGGUAUGAACCUCCGACGUCUUCGACGGGGCUGUCCUUCGUAGUAGAUUUUGAAGUCUCCCUUCUCUGUUUUCCACGGUAUGUUUCCAUGGAUGAUUGAGAGCACGUUACUGGUAUGGAUCCAUUAUCAAUAGCCGCGGGCGCAACCGGGCUCGUCACUGCCUGUGUAAAGAUCUCUGCCGCCCUUUAUACAUUCAUCGACGACACUCGACAUGUAGAUGACAACCUAGUUGCGCUAAACGACGAAGUCCUCGGACUGUCGCGAGUACUGGGCGCAAUAUGCAAGAGUUGGAAACAAAGUCCGCUAACAGCGAUAGCCCAAGCUGAUCCAGAUGGGUCGCUCUGGUCUAGUGUCAAGGCCUCACUUGAUGACUGUGGGAGGACUUUGGGGAGACUCGAGAAGAACGUGAAUGAUAUCCAACAAAAGGAUAGCUUUUUCGGGCGCCUGAAGGUCACAAGGUCUAUCCGAUUCAAUCUGAAGGCAAAGGAUGUUAUGGUCUUUCGUCAGCAGAUCCAAACCUACAACGGCGCCAUGCAAAGCUCCCUACAAAUGAUAAAUGUGUGCCUACUCAUAUAUGGACAAUCUUCCCAAGACAUGGUUAUUCGUGGCCUUGACGGUCUCAAGGACCAACUUGGACGGCUCGAGUCCGAAAUCGGGACCAUGAAUGCUCUGCAGGUUCCUGAUGCAUCCGGCCAAGAGAUCCAAUUCAACAGAAAAGUUACAGAUACUUUACGACGCCUCGCAAGGGCAGCAGAAACCUUUCACUCAAGUGCUAGCACAGUAGCAGGUGGAUCAACUGUUUGGGGAGGAAGCGUUUCCGGAGAACCUCUCCAUCCUGACCAAUACCGCAGUAUCGAAGAAUGGAUCCCUCCUCCUAUUGAAGAAGAGUCUCCCGUGGAAACAGUAUCGGAGACAUCGAGGGUGACGUCGCCGUCUGCCAACUCGUCGAUAAACUAUACCCUGUCGAAAACCAUGAGGGCGACGACGCCAUCUACAAAUGUGUCGACCAAUGUCCCAACAGCCCCUUCUACUAUCCUGCCGGAUGAGCAUCCCGCAAAUGAAUCCGAGGACUCAGAAUUAGAUGUGGAAGCGGAACUGGCCAAGAAAUUCGAAGAACUCGCAUUGAGCAAUUUUCGUCGGGAAGAUUACUCGAAAGCAGAGCUGUUCCUAAGAAAGCUCGCUGCUCGAUAUAAAAACGACCAAGAAUCGCCGGCAGCCAUCGCCUCGAUCGAUUUGAAGAUUGCGUUCGCAUGCUGUAUGCAGUGGCGAUGGGAUGAGGCGGAGGCCAUCGCAUUCCCGUUGACGACGGGGAAAAGUCGCAUUGAUAUCGCGCCUUUCCACCUCCUUCAUGCCAUCGCAUUGCAACGAAUGAACGAUGGAGGUGAUGAGGGGCUCGGAAAAGCAAUGAAGCUCUGCAAGAGAGCGCUGGGGGGUAAAAAGAAGCUUCUUGGGAAAAACAGCGAGUCGUUUCGCCAGACUACCGAACUGCUGGGCCGUAUUUAUGAAGCACAAGGAAACCACAUCGAAGCGGAAGCCUGUCGUGAGCUCUACCCGGCCCCGGCUUAUGCGGAUGACAGCCCGGCUCGACUCGACGCUCGCAAUUACUUGACGGAAAACGUAGACUUGCAGGUUAAGUCUCUCCCUCCGCCCGAGAACCCGAAAGGACCGUUAUUAGGAGAUAUUCAAAGUUCCGGAGGAUUAUCCCCUCAGCGCGUCCCCCUUGAAGGAGAAACGUCGAGUCCAUCAGCCCUGUUGCCCUCGAGAGACGAACCUCGUGACACCAAUGAGGGCGCUACUACUUUGUUCGAUCGGGAACGACUAGCUAGCUCAACCCAGAGUAGAAGCCCCUUCGGCCGCCAUCCCCCCGCGCCCCGCGCCCUCUCGCCCCCUGGCCCCCCUUCCGCCCAGCUGUCUCGGACUAGGUGAGAUCAUAUCGAACACAUUAGAGCUACCCGAGACCCCAAGGCGAGCAUUGAUCCAAGCGCAGUGGCGACCAGCGCGGAUUGGGUCCAGAGAGCCAAUACACCAUAACGAAUAACGGAGGCUUGUCCUACUCUAGGGUGGCCAGCUCGCUUUUCCUUACAACCAGACUACGGAUGAUAGGAAGUUAGGAAUUCGGCAGCCGCCAACCAGGAAUACCCAUCCAAAAAGGGCUACGCUUGAGGACUUCAUCGUU